UUUCGUUUUUUUCAUAGGAGAUGGCUAUGGCGGGAUCUUUGUCACAUUGUUUGGCAGAGGACGAGCGGGAGGAGGAGAGGGGAGCAGGAGGAGCGGGAGGACGGAUGGGAAAAGGAGCAGGAAAAGGAGGAGUGGGAGGAGGGGCGGGAGCAGGUGCGGGAGAAGGAGCGGGAGGGGAAAUGCGAAGGGGCGGAGGAGCCGCGGAAGGGGGAGCUGGAGAAGGAGGAGCGGUAGGGGAAACGGGAAGGGGGUUAGGAGCGGGAGAAGGAGCACGAGGAGAAAUGGGAAGGGGCGGAGGAGGCGCGGGAGGAGGGGCGAUAGAAGGAGCGGGAGGGGGAGCGGGAGGGGAAACGGGGAGGGGGUUAACGAACACACGGGAAGGAGCGGGAGGGAGAGGAGGAGGAGGAGGAGGAGGAGGAGGAGGAGGAGUGGGAGGAGCGGGAGAAGAAGCGAGAGGAGGCGUGGGAGAAGGAGCGGGUAAGGAGCGAGAGCGGGCCUAUGGCGCGGGAAGAGGAGCAGGAGGAGGGGGAGGAGGAACAGGGGAAAAGCAGGAGAAGCAGCGGAAGGAGGACGAGCAGCAGGAGGAGUGGGAGGAGCAGCAACAGAGGGAGCGGGAGAAGGAGAGGGAGGAGGAGCGGGAGAAGGAGCAGGAACGGGGCUAGAAGCGAGGAGGGGGAGGAGAGAUAGGUGGAGGAGGAGAAGCGGGAGGAGCACGAGGACGAGCGGGAGAAGGAGCGGCAGGAGGAACGGGGGAAAGAGCAGGUAAAGCAGCGGGAGAAGGAGAAGCAGCAGGGAGGAGAGCGGGAGAAGGAGGAGGAGGAGGAGAGGGAGGAGCAGCAGGAGAACGAGCGGGAGCGGGGCUAUGGCGGGAUCUUUGUCACGUUGUUUGGCGGAGGAGGAGCAGGAGGGGGAGGAGGAGGAGUGCCUUUUUUCACAAUCAAACAUAAAUCCUCUU